CAUAACCAAAACAUUCUCUUAGAGUCAGAGCAAAAGAUCAAAAUGAGUUCCUCUUUGACAAAAUUAGGAUUUGUUCUUAUUCUUCUUCAAGUCUCAUUGUCUCAUGCUCAACUAAGUCCUUCCUUUUACGAUAAAACUUGUCCUCAAGUCUUCGACAUUGCUACCAAAACCAUUGUCAAAGCUCUGAGAUCAGACCCUCGCAUCGCUGCGAGCAUCCUUCGUCUUCAUUUCCAUGACUGCUUCGUUAAUGGAUGUGAUGCGUCUAUAUUGUUAGACAACACAACAUCGUUUAGGACGGAGAAGGACGCGUUUGGGAACGCUAAGUCGGCUCGAGGUUUCGAUGUUAUCGAUGAAAUGAAAGCUGCCGUGGAGAAAGCAUGUCCGAGAACAGUUUCAUGUGCUGAUUUGCUCGCAAUCGCGGCUCAAGAAUCUGUCGUUUUGGCGGGAGGUCCUUCAUGGAUGGUUCCAAGUGGAAGAAGAGAUAGCUUAAGAGGUUUUAUGGAUCUUGCUAAUGAUAACCUUCCAGCUCCAUUCUUUACCCUUAAACAACUUAAGGAUAGCUUCAAAAAAGUCGGACUCGAUCUUCCUUCGGAUCUCGUUGCUCUUUCCGGUGGUCACACCUUUGGCAAAAACCAAUGUCAGUUUAUAAUGGAUCGGCUUUACAACUUCAGUAGCACCGGUAAACCCGACCCAAGCCUUGAUAAAUCUUACCUCAGUACACUAAGAAAGCAAUGUCCGCGUAAUGGAAACCAAAGUGUCUUGGUAGAUUUUGAUCUACGUACGCCAACACUCUUUGACAACAAAUACUAUGUGAAUCUCAAAGAGAACAAAGGUCUUAUCCAAAGCGACCAAGAGUUAUUCUCAAGCCCUGAUGCUAAAGACACUAUCCCAUUAGUCCGGGCAUACGCUGAUGGUCAAGGGAAAUUUUUCGACGCGUUCGUUAAGGCAAUGAUAAGGAUGGGAAACCUUUCACCAUUAACAGGGAAGCAAGGUGAAAUUAGAUCGAACUGUAGAGUGGUGAAUUCGAAACCGAGAAUCAUGGAUGUGGUUGAUGUUGUUGAUUUUGUCAGCUCAAUGUGAUGAAGUGAGUUUCUUGUAAUAAUAAAGAUCUUCAAAUACUAUGUGGUAUCAAUGAAAUCAAGAUGUUAUGUUUUUUACUUA